GCGAGGACAGACAGUUGGAGUUGGGGAUGCGGAGCUCUCCGGUUUGCGUUUCUGGAAAAGCAGUUGAAUACAUUGAAGUAGAAAAAGCAAGUUGCAAAACGAUAAGUAUAAUAAGAUCCCAUUUAGAAAGAUUCAUAGCGCCAAACCGUGUGUACGCACGUGUGCAUGUAAAUGAGUAGAAAAAGGUCUGACAAAGCUCUGGGGGAAGGAGGAGGUUAGAAGAGCGGAUGAGGGGAGCUUACUGUGUCCAUUGGAUAUUUCGGAGAUAUUAAACAUUAUUAUUAUUUAGAGCGACAAUGUAAUUAAAAAAAAUCUGCAUUUGGGAAGCUUGGAUGUCCUCCUGCCUCCCGUCGGUGGGGACCUGCUCAGACUCUGAGAGCACCGGCAAGAGCUGAGUCAAGAAAAGCUUUUUCACAAGAAACUCACCCUUUUCCCUUCCUCGCUGCGCCCCCUCGUCUCCCCCUCACCUUACUGGGAAUCCUUCGAAGUGGCCUUUGCGGGGGGCUUCUUCCUCACAGCCUUUCUCAUUAUUACAAAUCUACCUGCAAAGCCCACUCUCGGAGGAAACACUUUGAAGAUAGUAAAUUGCUCACAGGCACCCGAACCUUUGAAUUAGACAUUGUUCUCAAACCGUCUCUGGUAAAAAUUAAGAUAAAAUGUUUACAGGAUGUUUCUAUUUUCUAUAGUACAGUUGUACUAUAGUGUUCCUAUUAGUAUGACCACAUGAUGUUCAAUUCAAUUUUGUUUUCAUUUUGAAAUAAUUUAACUUAGGAAAAAGUUACAAAGAAUUCUAUUAUAUCCUUGACUCGGCUUCCCCAAAUGCUAACAUUUAGCAUAACCAUAGUACAACAUAACAUAGUUACAAUGGUCACAACUAGGAAAUUAGCAAUACUACUACUCUGUUAACGAAUCUACAGAUAUUAUUCAAAUUUCUACCAUUAUCCAAAAAAAUCCUUUUUUUUUUUUUUCUGAUCUGGGAUUCAAUCAAGGGUCUCACAAUGCAUUUAAUUGUCAUGUCUACUUGGUUUCUUCUGAUCUGUGACAGUUUCUCAGUCUUUCUUUUUUCAUAACUGGCACUUCUGAAGAGUACUCUUGGCCAAUUAUUUUGUGAAUGUCGUUCAGUUUGAAUUUGUUUCAUAUUUUCUUGUGAUUAUAUUUAGAUUAUGCAUUUUUGGCAAAAAUACACAGAAGUGUGCCCUUCCCAGUGCAUCAUAUCAGGAGGCACUUGAUGUCAGUGUUUCAUUGAUGGUGACAUUAGUCGAUUACUUGGUUAAGGUGCUAUAUGCCAGGUUUGUCCAGUGAAAAGUUGUGAUUUUUCUUUUUGUAUUUAAUCAUAGGAGGCAAACAUCUUCAUCAUAUGUAUACCGAUUUUAGCAUUGAUGAAUCUUGACUGCAAGUUAGCCCUGUGGUGUUUGCCAAAUGGUGAUUUUUCUGUUUCCAUCAUUCUGCUGUCAUAUUUCAAUCUGAAUAUUUAAAUGCACAAUAACUUUUUAAAGGAAAAUAUUUGCCUAAUACUUUUCUACUUUACAUUAGGGGAAAAAAGGCAUUUGGAGGCUGUGAUAUGCUGUGGAAUUAAUGGCUGAAAUGGAAUUUAUGAGUGAAUUACUUAACAGAUAACUGAAUUCUAUUUUACUUUUUGGUGAGGAAGAUUGGCUCAGAGCUAACAUCUGGGCCAGUCUUCCUCUAUUUUGUAGGUGGGACGCUGCCUCAGCAUGGCUUGAUGAACGAUGUGUAGGUCCACCAGGGAUCUGAACCCACGAACCCUGGGUUAACAAACUUAACCACUCCAGCACCAGGCCGGCCCCAAACAACUUCUGAAUUUCAAAUGAAUAAUUCACUAUUCUUAGUACUUGUAAGAACUUGGAUUCUAAAAUCUCAAUUUACAUGGAUUUAUAAGCUCAUUAAUUGUAUUGGUUUGUAGCCAUUCUCAUAAAUGGGUGUGUAAAAUGGUAUUUAAAAGUGGAACAAAGACAGAAGUCUUUAAUAUUAUUUCCAAUGUAUUGCUAAUUUUAGUUGGCAUUUGCAAAACUGACCCUUUAACAAUACAUCUGACUCUCAUCCAAUGAUAUUUCACUUUAUUUAGCCUCAAUGUUUGCUGAAAGGAUUUACUGGCAGUUGAAAUGAGUACUCGUUUGAAUGCAUUGCAAGGAGAGUAGAAUUCUUUUGGCACAGAAAUCUUGCCAGGUUUUCCUGUCUGUUCGAAGAUGAAGAACUGAUGAACACGUCUAAAAUCAACAGCCUACACAAACGGUGAUCAUUACCAAUGGAGAGAAGGCCGGAGAGUCACCGUAGCCCUCUGACCCCUCAAAGGCGGGAUGGGGCUGGAGAAAGAGAAGUGGGAGCCGAGGAAAAGGGAUCAGGAUCCGUUAUAACGAAACACUUUUUGUUUCUGAAAAUGGAAAGAACGCAAGCUCCCAGAACCCGCUUCUUCGCCCGCCAACCCCCUCGCCUCCUGCCUCUGUGACAGCCCUCGGCUCCCGGCCGAGCUCAGGCCCGCCACCGCCCGCGGCAAAGCUUGGCGCUCCUGCGCGCGCCUCCGCCGACAAAGAGCAGGCGGCUGCGGGGCGGGGCCGCCGGCCCGGAGGAAGACAAGGGGAAUCCCUCCCGGGCUCUGACGUCACCGAAGCGCUGGCCAAUGGGAAGCCGGAGAGGGGGAUUCCCGCUCUGGCUGCCGCCCCGCCGGCUUUUUAAACAGUACCCUGGGGAAAGCUCUCUGGAAGCCGUGGGAGGAAUGGGAGCAUUGAGGUUGGGGGUGAAAUAGGACGAGACUCUAGAGGUUUGACGAUUAGGCAUCAAGACGGGCUUAGACUGAGGGGAAAACAGGAGGCGGCCAAGGAGAGGUCAAAGUCCUCCUGAGAUGGAGUGGAAACUGGAGCGCACCGCCCCGCGGCGGGUCCGGACCGAAGAAGAGAUGCUGUGGGAAAAUGUCAUGCGGGUGCUCGCUAAAGACAUGAAGCAGAAGAGAAGCCAAGGUUCUUCCAAGGUAUUUGAUGCUGUUAAUACUACAUAUUCUAACUUUAAGAGCAACUUUGUGAAGAGGCUGUCAGCUGAGGUUCCCGUUGCCAGUAGCCCAGUUACCACAAGAUGGCGGCAAAGCCAAACCAGGGAUCUGGCAGCCUAUUCCUUUGAGGAAGAGCAUUCAACCACUGAGCUCCCAGAAGCUUCUGCAUCUGUGCUGAAAAUAACACCGGAGAACCAGACCUUGAUUCUAGGAUCCUACGAAGAACCACGGAAUACCCCCAUCAAAGGAAAUUUCGAAACAAAUUACUCUGCUCUCCGUUUUGGCAAGGCACCUCAUGCCCUGGACAGAGGCUGGAAGGAAAACAUUGCCUCAAAAGGCCAGAAAUGCCUAAAUCAGCUAUUUUCAACCCAGAAGGUAGCUCACCAGGUGAAUGGGAAAAUGCAGCUCUGUGAGCAAUCCCAAUGUGUUUGGAAAGGCUGCAGAGAUGGAGUCAGAGAUGAAUCCUUCUAUCUUAAAAGGUUCAGUGAUAUAAACUCUUCCAUACUCCAACCAGAGGUGAAGAUUCAUCUUACUGGUCUUCGAAAUGACUACUAUCUGAAUAUCCUAGACUGGAAUUUUCAAAAUCUUGUUGCUAUAGCCCUUGGAUCUUCUGUAUGCAUCUGGAAUGGGGAAAACCACAAUAGGAUUGAAAAUAUGGACUUAAAUCUCACUUGUAACUAUGUAUCUUCUGUGUCCUGGAUAAAAGAGGGAAGCUGCCUGGCGGUUGGCACCAGCGAGGGAGAAGUGCAAUUAUGGGAUGUGGUAACUAAAAAGCGGCUGAGAAAUAUGCUUGGUCAUUUGUCUGUAGUUGGGGCUCUGAGCUGGAAUCACUGUAUCCUCAGCAGUGGGUCGAGACUGGGCCGUGUUUAUCACCACGAUGUUCGGGUAGCCCAGCAUCAUGUCGGAACACUUCACCACAAGCAAGCCGUGUGUGCUCUGAAGUGGUCAUUUGAUGGCAGGCUGCUUUCCAGUGGCUGUAGUGACGGACUGCUGACCAUAUGGCCCCAUGAUCCAGGUGUGAGUGCGCAGGGUCAACCACUAAAAGUCAUACCCCAACCUACGGCAGUCAAGGCCAUGAAUUGGUGUCCCUGGCAGUCUGCAGUUCUUGCUGUUGGAGGAGGAAUGAAGGAUGGACACUUACACAUCUUGGACAUAAAUACUUGGCGGAGCAUCCAGACCCCAAGCACAAACUCCCAGAUUUGUUCCCUAAUCUGGCUACCUAAGACAAAGGAGAUUGCAACUGGCCAAGGUACUCCUAAGAAUGAUGUGACUGUGUGGGCCUGUCCUGCUCUGGCCAAGUCAGGUGGAUUUUUUGGCCACAGAGGCAGAGUACUGCACUUGGCGUUGAGUCCGGACCAGACCCGAGUGUUUUCUGCUGCAGCUGAUGGCACAGCCUGUGUGUGGAAUUGCUGCUAGCCACUCUGCCCCUCUGAGCUUCAGUUUCCUUGUUUCUAAGUGAGAAUAAUAUUGGCCUUGCCUUCUCCAUGGAGUUGUUGUCAGGACCAAACAAGAUGAAGUGCUUUUCCUGAGGUGAAUUUCUGUCCUCCUGACCUUCUUUCUCUGGUUACUUUAUUUGCUCUGCUUCCUCCCAUUGUGUUUCCCAGACAUUGUCUUUGACCUUCCAUUCUUCUCUCUCUACUUUCCUCCUUCUCCUCCUUUUUAUUAUUCUUCUCUCUCUAUCUCUUCCUUGUUAGAGAUGCAUUUUCACUGCUAUAGUCAGAAUAGUAUGUAUAGCAUAGAUUUCUAAAUACUUCUUUCCCACUUGACUUUUCUCCCAAGCUCCUGCCAUCUAUUUUGGUCUGCCUCUGGAUAUUUCCUGUUUGAGAUCCUUUCCCUCUCUUUAGCUCAAACUCAAUGCCUUAAAGACACAACUUGUUCACUUGAAAAAUGUUGAUUAAAAUCCUAUAAUUUGCUAGGCAGUGUGUUAAGCAUCCAUAUUAUUUCCUCUCAAAAUGAGCUCCUCUUUAGGACUCUCUUUUCCCUCUUCAUGGUCUCAUCCUUAUCCCGGUCAAGGAUAUCCUCCCCUAUCAGGGAAUCUCCUGAUUAUUCUGUUCCAUGCUUUCUCAGUUUAUCCCUGUUCUCUUUUCUUUUGUUCACACCAGUCAUGUCUUGAAUACCUGAUGCCUAGUCUGUUAUAAUUGUCUUCUAACUGGUUUUCCUGCCUUCAGUCUUCAUGGAUCUCACACUACUGUUGGGUCAAAUUUCUAAAAGCACUGUGCUGAUCCUGUCAGUCCCCUGCUCAUAAACUCUCAAUGACUCUCUAUUUCCUAAACCCCUUGGCCUCAACCUUGGAGUCCUGAGCCCAGAACCUGAAGUUGGGGGACUGUUCUUGCCUCGGCUUUGUCAUAAACUGACUAACUGACCUUGAAUGUGUCACAACAUUUGCAAGAAUAGGAAUUAGGAUUUGAUAACUGCUAAGCUUUCUUCAAGCUUUUCAGUCCACUGUUCUGUCUUUUUAAGAUUAAUUCCCACUCAUCUCCUACAUUUGCCCUGGGCUAAGCCUUGUGAUUUCCUGCCUUGGUGCCUUUGUUGAAGUUUUUCUUCUUGUCUGGAAUUCAUGCUCCUCUCUGCCUUUCCUUUGCUUAGCCACAUAGGUCCUAAUCUCUCCAGGAAGUGUUUUGAAAUGCUGUUACCUGGGUUUGAACUCUUGACAUCAGUUGGUAUCACCUAUUUGGUAUUAAUAAACUAUUCUAGUUGUUUUUUAAAUCUUU